AUGUCCGGACAGCCCGCCUUCCCCGCUCCUACGCGUACCGGUCUGUGUUCUGCCGGCAGGACGGGUCACCGCCAAAAUGUGGACUCCCUGGCCGGCUUCAUCAUGGAGUCCAUCCUGUCCACCGGCGGGAUCGUCCCGCCCAAGGGUUACCUGAAGAGAGUGACAGAAGAGUGCAGGAAGCGCGGUAGGGUUUUGUUCCAAGCCAUCGAGACUACAUCCGACGCCGUUGCCAAGGCUCCAGGGCCUGAGCUGGGGCAAGCCGUUUGGGGCAGGGCGCUCAAGCUUGGUCUCUCGUGCAACGUGGUCAACUGGCCUGGUAUGGGUGGUGUGUUCCGACUGGCCCCUCUGAUCGCAGUCACUGAGGAUGAUUGA